GCCACGUGUGUUGACUCGAGUUGCCAUGUUGAAAUGCAUGUUUCACGUGCUUGUUUGUUUUUAACACGUGAAGGAAAGAAAAACCCCGACGCUUACGAUAACGUGAAGUAAAUGUGUUUCUCCGUAACUCGCUUUGAACUGCCCUUCUAAAGGCUCGGUACAGGAGAGACUCGCUGACGGAAGAGAUCGUUCUUCAGACCUUUUUGCGUGUUUUUUCUACAUGUUGCAAAGAAUGAAUCAUUUUCCGCCAUUCGUUUAAACUCUUGACAGUUAAGAGGAAAGAGAAUGUGACAUUUUAAAAUAGAUAUUUGUAUUAAUUCUGAUGACAUUUCUAACAUUUAUAAGAACAUUCUAAAGAAUAAUGACCUCAAUCAGUUAAUCAAUUAUUAUUAACAAUUAUUUUAGCAUUUUAAUGGAAUGUGCUUUAUGUUGUGCUAAGUGAAUGAAAUAAUGUUAAAUUAAAAUAGUAAAAAAAAAACUUGACUAAAAUAAAAAUAAUAACACAAAAUAAAUAAUAAUAAAAAUAAAAACGAAAAUCCGAAAACACAGCACCACUACAUAUCUAUAAAAAAAAGAACAAGAACGCGCGCUCCGAUUGGACAAAGCAAGACACGUGACUGCAUCACGUGGUACAAACCGGAACUCGCUAGCAACAUGAACGUGAGGUAGCUAAAUGUGUAGCGAAAAUUCAUAACAGAGAUAAAAUAUACCUCGCGAUAUAAUGUCGGAGUCAAGCCCUGAGCUUAAUGAUUAUUUGGAGGGUAGAAUUUCCUUCGAGGAGUUCGAGAGACGGAGAGAGGAACGAAUAAAAGCGAAGCAAAAGGUCCAGGAGGACGGAGGAGACGCCUCCGAUGAGAACGACGCCGCCGUUCCGAGCACGUCGAAGCAGACACGCAAACAGCCCGCAGAAGAAGGAGUCAGCCCGUGCGUUCAGAAAGCCUUCGCCUCCAUGCUCGGGGAGGACGACGAGGACCUGGACGACGAAGACGAGGACGACGGCGACGCGGAGUGGAAAGACAUCGGGGAGCAUUACACAGGCACCGGCGCUGGGGGAGGCGGCGGCAGCGAGGUCACCCCAGGGGACGUGUUCGCUCUGGAGAUGGAGCUGAACCGGGAAAACAAGAAGAUGAUGAACGAAAGGCGAUCCCGCAGUAAGCUCCCGCGUGCCCUCCGAGGCCUGAUGGGCGAGGCUAACAUCCGCUACGCUCGCGGCGAGAAGGAUGACGCAGUCCUGAUGUGCAUGGAGAUCAUCCGCCAAGCUCCUCUGGCGUAUGAGCCGUUCUCUACUCUGGCGAUGAUCUACGAGGAUCAAGGGGACUCGGAGAAGGCGCUGCAGUUCGGCCUGAUCGCCGCGCACCUCAACCCGAGCGACUGCGACGAGUGGCUGAAGCUGGCCGACAUGUCGCUGGAGCGGGAGAACGUUAAACAGGCCAUCAUCUGCUACAGCAAAGCGCUUAAAUACGACCAGAGUAACGUGCGCUACCUGUGGGAGCGCUCAAGCCUCUACGAGCAGGUGGGCGAGCACAAGCAGGCCAUGGACGGCUACCGGCGCAUCCUCACUCUGCUGCCCCCUACUGACGGCGAGCACUUCAUGCAGCUGUCGCGCGACAUGGCUAAGAGCUACUACGAGAGCAGCGACUUGCCCUCAGCUAUCGGCGUGAUGGAAGAGGCUCUGUCCAGGCAUCCCGAGCUGGUCACGCACGAGUGUGUCAACAUGGCGGCCGAGCUCUUCAUAGCUAACCAUCAGUACGACAAAGCCUUAGAGGUCUUGAUCAAGUUUUGCGGCAUCGUACUGGAAAGAGAGGCGGACAGGAAGGAAACGGAGACUCGGGAGGAAGUGAAGGAAGAGGACACGAGUGAGACUACGGAAGCAAAAAGUGAGAGACCUGAUGAUGAUCUGACAAAUUCUAAAAGCGGAGACGUUUUGGAGGUGGUGGUGCCCGAUGACGUUCCUAUAGAUAUCAGGGUGAAGCUCAUGGUGUGUCUGAUCCAUCAAAAUGUCUUCAAACCUUUGAAUCCAAUGGUGACGUCUAUGAUGGAGCAGAGUCCGGAGGAGUUGGGUGAUCUCUAUCUGGACGUGGCUGAGGCCUUCAUGGACGUGGGCGAGUACGGCUCGGCCUUGCCGCUCCUCGCUGCGCUCGUCUGCUCCGAGAGAUACGACCUCGCCGUAGUGUGGCUCCUACAUGCAGAGUGUCUGAAGGCCCUUGGCCAUUUAGAGGUGGCUGCUAAGAGCUACAGUAAGGUGGUGGAGAUGGCGCCUCUGCAUCUGGAGGCACGUCUGGCUCUCUCCACGCUGCAGCAGCAGCUGGGUAGACCCGACUCUGCCCUCAAAGCGCUGGAGCCCAUGUACGACCCCGACACGCUGGCUCAAGACUCCUCAGCCGCCCAGCAGGAGCUGAAGCUGUUCCUGCACCGCUCCACACUUCUCAGAUCGCAAGGCCGAACCGACGACUACAUAGACACCCUGCUGACCAUGCUGUCCAUGCUGCUUAAGGUGGCG